UAUGUUUGUUUGUUUAUUUAUUUAUUUAUGUAACCUUGACUUACACAUUGAGCUACCUUUCAUCCAUGAUAACAUGCUGCUUACAAGUGCAGUAUAUUCUACUGAAGCAUUAUUGUAGUACCCUAUCAAUGCGUGACAUUAAAUUAACGUAUAUUAAUCUAUUUUGAGUCAAAGGUAUUGUUGCACAUGAAAGUAACAGAUAGAUAGAUAUUGCAAUGUAUAACUUUAACUUGGCCAUAUCCAGAGAGAGAGAGAUACUGAAUUUUUAUGAGAGACAGGUCUAAUACGAGAUCUCAAACUCACGGCCAUGGCCCCCUAAUCAAUUUCAUGCAGCCUGCAACUUAAUAAGUUAUGCUUUAUUUCUAGCUUAAUUUUGCUUCCUAAAUGUUUGAAACAAACACUUUUACUUUGAAAUGUUAAGCUUAUAUCACCCAUCCCUACUGAACAGUUGUUUUUGUCACUUGACCAGCCACUUCCGAUUUUGCAUCAUGGAUUCAUUGUUUUGUUCCAUAUUUGAAACUUUUAUUUUGAAGUUAGGCAAAAUAUCAUUACAAAUAUUGUUAAAUUCCCUUAGAUGAUGGAAUUAUGUGAUAUAAUGUGUCCCACUACUAAACAGUUGCUAUUAUCACCAGACCGGCCCCUUUCUGACCAGACUGGACGCUCAGUGCCUCCCAGGUCAUUUGAGUUUGACCUCUGGUCUAAUACAGCUUUGUUACGCUUCAAUGGUUUACGCAUGCGCAGGGUUUACGUAGGUUUCCCUGGGUUACCAUCAACAAGUCUGUUAGGUCGCUGUAGUUACUUCAACUUGCCUUUAGAUAAAUACUUUUACAGCGGUGUGUCGUGCGAUGAAACAAACAAUAGGAAUGCGCCAAGCGGACAUUUUCCAAUGGCUUCAGCCAUAAUUAGCCACAGAGCUAGGCUCAGUAGCUAAGUGGCGAACAGUGGCUAAUGCUAAUGUCAGUGUGUUUUCAGGAUGACAGACCAAGAGUUCGGGACUUUGGCUUAUACAAAAAGCCCGAAGACAUCCAAAAGAACAACAUUUCAGGAUGAACUACAGGCUGCUGUCUCUGCCAGAGCGAGUAAAAGCAAAACACCUCUCUACUCCUACUCCGAUGAUUUCGAUGAAGAUGAGGAUGAUUUUUUCAAUAAAUUACUUAAAUCAAGAAAAGAGAAGACUGAUGCAUUUAAGGCCGGAAAGUCUAGAGCCAAAAUCAACGACUUUGAUCUUUCAGACGAUGAAGGAAAACUUCAGAAAACAAAGAAAGUUUCAUUCCUGAAAACACAAAGAAUCAGCUUUCCCUCAGAAAACACUUCAGUGUCACAUGAAAACGAGCCACCAGAAUCCCCAAUCAGUGGACAUGAUAACAAUAACUCAUCAUCUUCCUUACAAAGCUCUAGCAACAGCAUUAAACAUGACACAGGGUAUAAAAAUAGUGUUGGGGAGCCUGUUGAUCCCCAAAUCCUGAGAGAGAACUCGAACAAAUCUCUCUCACACCAAACCUCAGAGGACACUCUUCUGGACCUUCCUUUGUCCUUACCCUCUGACAGUAGGGAGACAGAAACUCCAGGACCUGAGGAGAAGACUCCACAUCUAUCAGCAGAGCCACCUAGGCCCAAGCCAAGACAACGGACUCGGGGGUUAAGCUUUCACAUUGCAGAGAAGUUGGUUGAGGGAGCUGAAACUCAGGAACUCAGCAGCAGACCCCAGACUUCCUCUGCAUCCAUUCCCCUCUCCACUGAUGCAUCCAGCACUGCUGCUGUGAGGAGCUGCAGUCCACAUUGGACAGAAGACGAUCACCCGAUUUCACAUAGCCUCAGCAAAUCCUCUUCUGAUCAGAGUGAGCAGUCACAGCUCUUCACCAAGUCCACGGUAGAUUCUGGAUCCAUAGCUGACUUUACCCCAGAUGACAACAAGGAGCAGGAGAGAAAAUACUCUACAUCAUUUGAAGAAUUUCAUGAGUGUUCUGUUCCUCAAUUCUCACACACCCAGGAAAAAUCAACUGACACCAGGUCUUCUAGUUCUCUCUCAAAAGCCACUCAGAGGUCUCGGAGUGCGUACCCCAGAAAAGUGGAAUCCAAGUAUUUGGGCACGCUCAAAGUUCUGGACCAUAAAGUUUCAUUCCGAGAGAAUCAGCCACAGAUUGCAAAUUCUCUCAGAGCUGCCAUUUACCAGGAAUGGCUUCAUAAGAAAAAGGAAAAGUCAAAAGAGAAAAUGCAACUAAAGAAGAAAGAGGAAAUCCUCCACGAAAAAAAGAAAAAGGAUGAAGAAGCAGCAAAAAAGGAAGACGCUGCUGUAUCAUAUGAGGCUUGGAAAGAAAAGAAAAAGGGGAGUUUGCAAGCAAAAUUCAAAGAAAAGAGAGAUAUGAUGAGAAAGGAGCAGCAAGCGAGUGAAGAUAAAGAAGAAAAAAGGCAAUCUGCUAAACAGGUGUUUGAAAACUGGAAACAAGAAAAUGAUCAUCUACUCCAAGAGAAGUACAGAAAACGGAAAGAAGCUGAAAAUAAACUGAAGCUAAAAAAGCAACAGAAGGAGGAAGAAAGAAAGAGAGAGUGUGUGUCUGCUUAUUCUAAAUGGUGUGAAAAGAAGACGGAUGUUCUUCAUGAAAAAGCCACAAAGGAGCGCAAAGAAGUUAAAGAUAAGACGGCAGAGGAGCGAUACAUGAAAGAAGAGAGAGAUAAAACGGCUUUAGAUACGUAUGAAAACUGGCUGGCUAGAAAAGAUUUAGAACACAAAAGACAGAGAGAAGAAAGACAGAUAAAAGAGAUUCUCCGGGACAGCCCACCUCCACCAUGGAGCCCUCCCAACAAAACUGUAGCAUUUGGAAAAUGAUAUUUGAAUAUUUCCAUGCUACCUCAUUCAAAUUCAAAUUCAUUCAAAUCUGUGUUUUCAUUUAUAGCUGUUAGAUGUUAUAUUUGAGCCAGGUGUUGUAUUAAAGUGUAGUUUUAAUGUUAUGUACAGGGUGACAUGUCAUAUCAGUAUAAAAGAAAAGCUAAUGGGAUUUUCUGCACUAAUAAAUUUGGUCUUUUAUACCGUA